AACGGUGAUAUCAAGUUGUUCAAAGUUGUAGUAUAGACACUGGACAUUUUUAUUUACCAACCAAAAUACAAAAAAUAACCGUUUAAUUUUAAAUUUGAAGUGUUUGAAAUGAAUGCUACAGCAAGGAACUACUAUAGAGAUUCGAAUGAUCCACGUAAGAACUAUCCGACUGCAGCUAAAGAAGCCCAUCUUAGACUAUUGGCAGAGUUAAGCAAUGUGAUAGACCCGUCAGUUAACAAAGUUAGAUAUGAUGCAAUAAUCCGUAGACUGGUUCCGUACAUGGUAUCUAUGUUGUCUAAGAAAGCUCAGAACUUUAUAGAUAUAUUUGAAUCUUUAGAAAAGCUCCAUUUUGUUGAGGUUGGAAAGUAUAGCGCCUUGAAGAAGAUUCUUAGGGAGUUUGAUCCACAGUAUGUACAGAUCAUUGAAAAUGCUGAGGAAGAAAUCAAAAUUAUUAUGAAAUCACACAAACAACCGAAGCCAGUUCAGAACAGCAAACAACACCAUUCUGAAGAUAGCUUUGUAUCUACACUAUCGGAGGGAGAAAGUCAUAUGUGGGUUGGUAAAAUUCCUCGUAAAAUCGAAAAUAAGAUUCUAACUGAAGAAGACCUGGAGAAUUUCAGUGAGGCCAUUAUUCCUACAAAGUUAGAAGUUGUUAGAACUGCAUUUUGGCUGAGCUCAGCAGACUUAGACCAGAUGAUCAACAAGUCACGUGGUAGUUUGACAAUUGCUCGGUUUCUCAUUCUGUUGAAAUGGCAAGAGAAAAAUGGAGGCACUGCUUAUGUGAAUGAUAUUAUCAAUAGAUUCUCGGAAUCACUGGAAAUGGAUGCUUACUCGAUAAACAUUGUUAAAGCUAGAGGCGCUCUUGAAAAGAUGACACUUGAAAUGAACAACAAAAAGUAGCACUACAUUUCAAAUGAUAAAGCCUCUCCCCCACUCCUAAAAACAAAUCAAAAACUGAAUUACUACACUCUGUUACCAUAGAAUCAAUAAAUAAACUCCAUACAU